CAAGUGUCAUUGUAAUGUUACAGCCCAAAGUGCUUUAAUAGUUUUUAAAAAUGUCAAACAUUUGUGUUUGAAAAAGAUUUGAUGUGCCGUCAGUAACGCAGGCAGGGCGUGUCACCUCUGGCGAGGGAGGAGACAGGUAUGAAUGAUGUGUGAUGUUCGAGGAGUCGUCACUCCCUCCUGCAUUCCUGCUCCAGCUCACAAACUCGCCACACAGCCCCAAGACUCACUCAGUGAAACCUCACAACAACCCUUCCUGUCACCGCGCAGAGAAACUGGAGCAGCGGACAGAUUUACACGCUGCACUCACAUGGUGUUCAACCAACAGGACUGGAUAAAGCUAGGUUUUGUGCCGGACUGUAAUUCCUGGAUUCUUUUAGCAUUGUGGAUAUGGGAGGCAGAGAGGAGGUACUGGUGGGCAGGCUCGGGUCCACCAUGCAGUUUCCACGCACCAGGCUGAACCAUUUCAGGCUCCGUCCGAACCAAAGCCCAGUGAGGAGUAAGCGUGGAAAGUCCUCCUCACAAAAGAAAAAAGCCAGAAAUCCCAGCCCCACCGAGAUGAGCGUGGAGCCCUGGGCCAGCCCGCAGGACCAGGCAGCCGCUGAGCACACACACAGCACGCACACACCAUCCUCCCAGGAUCAGGAGCAGCACCCCGACAAACUCUGCCUUGACUCAUUUUGGAGUGAGGUGGAGACCAUCCGACAGGGGAGUGGCUACACAGACCUUGACUGCACCAGAAGAGACUCGAGACAGUCAGAAGAGGGCGAACAGGAGGAGCAGUGGUUGGCUGAUGCUGGAUUGUCGACCCUUAUCAGCGAAGACAGUGAGGAUGUAGACAACGCGGUGCUACUGUCCACUCUGACCCGGACGCAGGCCGAAGCCGUGCAGCGCCGACUGGAUUCCUACACGCUUUCCCUCCGCAAGAGGAACAAACCAGCGCCGCGUGACGUUCGCGACAUCUUCAACUCCCCAAUCACUCAGACCCUCCUGCCUCCUGAGUCCCAGCACAGUGAAGAUUCGGCCCAAAACAGCAUGGCGUCAGUUCCAAAAACACCACUAUCAGCUGUGAUGGCGGAGCAUCAGCGAGGCGCUCCCAAAGAGGAAUUCCUCAUAACCGACGUGGCUUACUGCGAACAGGCCGUCAUCUUCCUCAAACAGGCCAAACUCCCGCAGAACAACAGCCAGCGCAGGAAAGAGGACGGCACCCUGCCCCGGGUGAUCUGCCCCAAGUGCCGUCUUGGAGUGACUCGCAUACAGGAUCUCUCCCACUCUGACAUGAAGAAGGUGCGUCAGCUGGCUCUCAUCGACAUGACGGCGCUGUGCGACCUCUUAGAGCUGGAGGUCAAAAGGCACAAAAUGGGCAAGAGGAAAAUCCCAGAGAGCCCGCUCUACGGGGUGCCGCUGGCCACACUGCUGGAGAACGAUCAGAAAGUCAAGCCCAACACCUCGACUCCUCUCUACCUGCAGGCGUUGUUGUCGUUUUUAGAAAAGAAAGGAAUCGACUCAGAGGGGAUCCUGCGGGUUCCAGGAUCUCAGUCCAGAAUCAAGCAGCUGCAGCAGAACUUGGAGACCAACUUCUACUCGGGGCAGGUCAGCUGGGACGACGUGAGUCCAAACGACGCCGCCGCGCUGCUCAAGAAGUUCAUCCGGGAGCUGCCUGCUCCACUGCUCACCGCCGAGUACCUCAACACCUUCAGCGCUGUCAGAGACAUCACAGAACUAAGGCAGAAACUCCACAUGUUGAACCUGCUCAUCCUGCUGCUGCCUGAACCCAACAGGAACACACUGAAGGCGCUCCUCGAGUUCCUCAGUAAGGUGGUUUCCAGAGAGAAGAGAAACAGGAUGAACCUGUGGGCCGUAGCAACCAUCAUGGCUCCAAACCUCUUUCUCCACAAGGCCGUCCCCAGCAGACUGACUGAAGGGGCAGAGAAAGGACAUGCCGAGAAAGCAGCCGAUGUCAUGAGGCUCCUCAUCCGCUACCAGGAUCUGCUCUGGACGAUACCAAAUUUCCUCAUGAGCCAGGUGCGUAAGCUGAAUGAGAACAGUAACCGGCGUUACCAGUUCUACGAUCGCCGCAUCAAGAACCUGCUGAGGAAGAUCCACACAGACAGCCGCGACAAACCUGAUAAAAACGCCUCAGAGCUGUGCCGUACUGUGAAGAUCCAGGUCGGAGAUCUGGUGAGCGGCACCAUGGAGUUCCAGCUCAACAUCAACUCCCGAGCCUCAGACCUGCUCGCCCAGUUUCAGCGCCAGUCUCUCCGCAGCCCAGACAAUGGAAAGGGCAAAAUGCGAAGAAACGGCUCGGUGGCGUAUCCAGACUGCGCCCUGUACGAAGUGGGAGGAAACAUCGGUGAGCACUGCCUGGACCCCGACACGCACCUUCUGGAUCUGUACAACAGUAACUCGGGAGGGGAGUGGGUCAUCAAGCUGAAACCCAAUGCCAGCAGAGGGCUGUGAAAGAUGGACGAACAGAUCGGGGAACAGGUUGCUGAAGAAGGACAAAGGCAGAGCCUAAAAAAAAAAAGAUCAAAUCCGUGCAGCCCUCUCUUCUUCUUGUCCUUUUCAUCCUCGGAUCAACAAGGGAGAAGGAGACAGAUGGACAGAUGGUGGACGCAGAAACAGAUAGAUGGAGAAUCUGCCAGGAGCAGAGCCGAAAAAUCUGUCUAUGAUCAGAUAAACACACUUUGCCCUCUUUCUAUUUCCCUCCACCUUUCUCUCCGUCUUUCCUCCUCUUUUCACUCCAUCAUCCCUCUCCUGCGUUACCGGUGGGGCUGCGACGCUGCGAGCAGAACGCAGCUGACGUGGCUCAUUACUUCCGACAGAGAACCUGCUGCACAGAAAAGAGAGACGAGAGAGGGAGAGCGGCUGGGCAGUUUGGUUCGCCAUCUUUUCUUUUGAGCAAUCAUCUCCAACCAUGAGCGAGCAGAUGGGGAUGCAGAGCACCUCUGGCUACAGAGAGUUCAGGUCUCACCCACUCCUCAGGCCAGACAGACAAUGUGUUUUCAUACCGGGGGUUUCAUUCAUCAGUGACGACGUUUACAGGCACACUAAUAUUCCACUAUUGUUCCGGAUACGACAGUGUUCUGAAACUGAUGCGAGUCGUGUUAGCAGCAUAUUCUGUUCACAUAAUCUGAAUUAAGCUGUUUUCAUAAAGUAGCAUUUUCUACAUGUGAGAUAUAUCACUGUUAUUCAGGUUUUAAGAAAAUCCAGCGGGUCCCAACUGGUCCAACCACGGGGUCCAGAUUUCUCCUUAGUAAUUACUUCAGGGUCUACACAUAAGGUAAAUUACACAUAUUCAAUUUGAUUUCACAAACUUUAUACAACAUGUGGGCUUAGGACACAAUAAAAUAAAACAUAUUGCAAGUGCAAUUGC